AUGACGGCAGUACAGCGGAUGACCCGGAAACUGUCCGAAGAGCGAGCCUCGACUCUGGCCAAAGAAGCCGUCGAGUUGUCUGUCGCCGGUGACAAAGCGCAAGCUUCUCGAAAGCUGAGAGAGGCAGCUGCUCUUGGUCAUGACAAUCCAGACGUCCAGGCCGCCUUCCUGGCCAUCCAUAACGAUCAACUCAAUUCGCCACUCCUAGACCUGUGUCGGAGAUAUGCCCUGUACCACGAUAAUCGAGCCGGAGACGAGACCGUCGGGUACUUGAAGAGUCCCGAGGCCGCAAAUGCUGCCCCUGUGGCCUUGGAAUCCCUUCGAAUCAUCCUCGAGAGCCAGCCGGUGCCCACCAUGUCCAACGCACAGAAUUUCAUCAUCGCCGAGCUUGCCAGACAAAGCCCCGCUGUCCGGCAAUAUUUUGCCUCCGAACUGGAGGAGUCCACGACCAAAUUUUUCGACAAUGUCUAUGAACGCGGCGAUGAUGCGGCCAACUGCCUUCGGUCUGUCGUUCUCGAUGACAAGCUCUGGUCCUCCGAAGACGUCCGACUUCGGGUGGAAGAUGAUCUGUUCCAGUUGUUCCUGGCCAAAUUAAUGGAAAGCGGCCACGACCACGAUGGCAGAGCUCUCAAGGGCAUCGCUCUUUUACUCAUGGCCGAUACUCAUCGUCUGCAAUCCUUCAUUGACGAGGACGCCUUCGAAGCGCUCAUGGGCUCUUUGGACGUGAGGCUCCCCGCCGACGUUCGCGGCCAGGCUACGCUGGUGCUCUCCAAGUUCUUCGAAGUCGCCAACGCCACUGGGCAGGAGUUUCUCUACAAGUACAUCACUACUCACGUCGCGCGGCAGAAGGGUGAUGAUCUUGUCCUAGCUUUCUCCGCUGCCGCAAAUCUCUUCCCGGUCAUUCCCGGCAUGAUGGCGGAACUAUUCCUGACCAACGGCUUCCUCAGCUCAAUCAUGCCCUUUCUGGGAAAACAGUACCGUAGCCACGUUGUGCACGAUGCAUUUCUCCUCCUUCUUAACGCUGCAUGCAUUGACGGGGCAUGCCGCACGGCAAUCGCGCAAUAUUGUGCCACUUGGCUAUCGCACAAAGUCAACAACGGUACGGGCAAGCAGCCAGCAGUGGCGGCCACCGUCCUGGCCAAGUUGAGGACGGCAGGCGUCAAGACUGGAGAUCAGAGAGCCAAUAUGGCCGAUGAUGAUGUUAGUGAACUCGUUGAUCUCUUUAAAAGCACUCUUGCUGUUGUUGAAGAAGGGCGGAAUGUGUCUGACUCCAUUGAAGGCCUUGCGUACACAUCUCUGAAGCCCGAGGUCAAAGAAGCGCUCGCCAAAGACCCGGCUUUUCUCAAGUCUCUUCUCACGGCACUCGAGGCAAGCCCCGAAUCGCCCGAAAUCAUCGUUGGUGGCCUGAGUAUUAUCACAAAUCUCGCCCAGUACGCCCCAGUCCUCUCAGAAGAACAGAAGAAAGUCUCUCAGUUAAAGGCGUACGCGAAUGCGACAAAACCCGCCGAGCCCAGUCCUUUAGAAGACGACGAUCACGUCCGAGCCCGAUGUGCCGCCUUGGUCCAGGCUGGGACUGUUGCCACCUUGACCAAACUAAACAAAGGCAGAUCUCCAGCAGCCGCUCAGCUGACCGAUCGAGUUCUUUUGGCAUUUUCUAGGAACCCCAAAGAUAGAGGGAAGAUUGCUCAACAGGGAGCAGUCAAGCUUUUAGUUUCUCACGCCCAGAAAAACCUCGAGUCAACAGAUAUCGACAAUUCGGAUGCUGCUCAUGCGCUGGCCAGAGUUUUGAUCUCGUUGAAUCCAGCACAUGUUUUCGCCCCCGGAACUACUCCCGACAUCACCGAGGCAGUGCCGCCUCUAGUGGCGCUGCUGAAACCUCCAAAGAGCGGAGGACUUGCUGCUGAUCACCCGCGCGACCUACUCCCCGUAUUCGAAAGUCUCCUCGCCUUGACCAAUCUUGCGUCGGCACCGGAGCCGUAUGCAGCGAACAGCAUCAUCAAGUUAGCAUGGGACGAUGUCGAAGACCUUCUGAUGGGAAACAACAAUAUGCUCCGGCGUGCUGCCUGUGAACUAAUCUGCAAUUUGACCGUCAUACCCGCCGGUGCGGACAAGUUUACAGAAGGCUCAACCCGGGCCAGGACACGGCUCCAUCUUCUCGUUGCAAUGGCUGACGUCGACGAUUUACCCACCCGAAGAGCAGCUGGUGGUGCAUUAGCCAUGCUUACAGAACAAGAUUCCUCGGUGGUCUCUGCUUUGCUCGACCUUGAACGUGCCCCUGAGAUUGUUCUGGAGUUAUGUCAAGAUGAAGACCCUGGCGUUGUUCACAGAGGAUUAGUCAUUGUCAGAAACAUGGUGUGUGAACACGAUGCGGAACUGUCAAGGAAGGCAAGAGUGGCACUCAAGAAGAGUGAUGCGGUGGAAAAAGUGAAGACAACGUUGAAGACGACGAAAGAUCCCGCGCUAUUGCAGAUUGGCGUGGAGGCGCUCAAGGCGUUGGUUGAGAUGGAGAAGUAG